AAUGGUGGGAGGUUUACAUCUCAAGGUCGUCUGACAGACUUUAUACAUGUAAAUAGUCCGUCCAAUUUUGCUUCUUACUAUAAUUUGAUCGGUUUGUUCCUAGCAACUUGUUCGUUGUUGCACUUCUUACCAUCUUCUUUAAUUCAAUACCUUUUCCUGUGUCAUCAAUUUUAGAAUAACGUGAAAUUUUAAACUUUUACCCAAGGAACCGAAGGAGCAGAAAUAAGAACGAACAAGGGAUAAUUAAGGGGAACAUUCCGUCAUAAAAUUAAGCAGAAAUAAAGAGGGAUUUCUACGUUUUUGAGUCAUCUGACUACAGCCUCAUUUCUUUGAAGUCACCAGUCUCCAUAUAUCAGCGUACAGAAAUAUAGAUGCAUAUCUAAUGUCUUCAGUCAGGGAGUUAAAAGAAUCACCAGUGGCCUCAGCUCAAGCGUAUGUUUUACAGUUUAACACUGAAGACCGAAUAUGGCUACCAAGUGGUGGGACACGCUCACUUUCAUGGGUUCAAAUUUUACAACAAAAAGGUUUAGAUGCUUAUCGUAUCGUAGGUUGGCGUCAGCCAGAUAAUCAGGUUGUUGUUAAUUCAGUGUUAAAAGCUGGACUCGAGUAUCAAAUACAUGGUCAAUUUCAUGAAUGGCGUGAUCCAAUCACUUCUAGAGUAUAUGGUUUACAUUUUCCGGAACAAGAAGAUGCUGCAAUGUUUUUGAAAACAAUCAAUUCUAUUUUGAAUAGACUAACAAAUCCUGAUUGCAAAAAUGUAUUUGAUGGUGAAAACAUAAAUAUCAAUUCACAGUCACGUGAAUAUGCACAACCGUUUAUUUCAAAUGCAUUAGAUUCAUCGAAUAAUCAUGCUACCACACCAAAAGGUUGUACCAUAGUUAUUAAUCCAGCAAAUGUUGGCACCGAUGGAAUUGAUGCGAUAGAAAAUAAAACUACUCUACCAAAACAACCGGAACCCAAUGAAUUGGCAAAUUAUGAAUAUCAAGAUCAUGUUAAUCAAUCUAAUCAAAUAAAUAAAUUGAUAACUGCUACUACUCUGACUAAUAAUAAUAGUAGUGGUAGUAAAGAUCCUGGUGCAUUUGAAACACAUCGUCGUCAACUAUCUUCUACAUCAUCAAUCAGUUUAGGUUAUGCUACAGGUCCUGGAACAAUUGCAACUCCUUCAUCCGCCUCUUCAUCAUCUACUAGCUACGGUUAUGGUUAUGGAUAUGUAGGUUCAGGAAGUUUAGCGAGUUAUGCAAGUACUAGUAGCAGUGGAAGUAGUGUUGGUAAUGGUCCAAUUAAUGGUAAUUAUUUGAGCACAAUGCAUCGUCUUAGUAAUCAAAAUUUGAGGAAUCCAUCUUUAACUGGAGAGUCUAUCAGUAGUAACUGGUCAGGUUUGAAUUCUCAAGUUUCUCGUGAAAUUGUUAAUCAUUCAAGUGUUGCUGUUAGCACAAACAGUUCAAAUUCAUCGUCAGUUUUAACAACAUCAGUACCGGGUAGUAAUAAUAAUGAUCAGAAUAAUGACGAAGAGUUAGCUAAACAGUCAGAAUCAUCUGGAUUAGCUGCUAUGCUACAAGAAGCUAUUGCUGCACGUAAACGUAAUAAAGAAAAUCGAUGUAAUGCUUCAAUAAGACCAAGUAUUAAUUCAACUUCUUGCAAUAAUCCGGUGUAUACUUUUGCUACGGAAACCACAGAAGCUGAUAAACAAUUCAUAUUCCUAUCGUAUAGUAGUACGGUAUAGGAACGAGAUUAAAUCAACUGUGACGAACUUUUGAUCAGUUCUCAACCAAUCAGAAAUCAUCUUUUAUAAAUGGAUAGUUAGUGAAAAAGCAAACAGUAAUGUCACAUCGUGUAGACAGAUUUACAUUUAUAUAAGUCUUCUACUGUUUGAUCUGGCUGUAUAUUGAAAAACAAUGAUAAGAAAAGUCUUCCUUAUGAAUAUUGAUUAUAUGUUUUACCUAACCCCUAAAAAAGACCCUAGUAGUAGGGCUUUUAUCACAAAUUGACAUCUGCUGAAAUGCAAAAAUUCUCUGUAUUCAAAUUGAUGAAGGCAUUUACUUCAAAUAUCCAAAAGGUAUUAUCUAACUUUCUUGUUUGUGAGUUAUAUUACCACUAGGUUAAGAUUACGAAUCAGGGAUAAGAUGUAAGGAUAGUAUUGAUUUGCCUGUUAUAUAAAAUGUACAGAAAUAGAAUAAAACACUUGAUACAUUUAACACGAUGAUUUUUACUUUAUGGUGGUUUUCGGUAAUUUUUCAUUAUAAUUUUGAACAUUUUGAGUAGUAUACAGAGAUAUUGUUGCUUAUUGUUAUGGGUAUUAUUUUGAAUUUUAUUCAAAAUCUGAAAAGUCGCUUUCUCGAUUCUAAUUAAUUCAUCUUCAUAUUGUACUUUAAGUGAUAAACUAAGUCAACUUACGUAUGUGUGCUCAAAACUUAUGUUUCGUAACGUCGUGUAUACAUUUAAUGCCUAUUUAGAGAAUGAUUAUUGUCGUUUAUUUUAUAGUGUUAGAAUUAUGUCAAUCUAUUACAGGAAUUUCGAUGCCUGUCAAUAUCAAUGUUGUGAUGACUGUAAAUCAUAUUCAUUGAUAUCGUUUGAUAAGUUUCACCAAUUAAGAUCUUAUAAUAUUUCUCUACUACGUAUGCACUAUUUUGGUUAUACCCUAGCAUCCCAGACUUAACCAGUGAUACGCUUCUAUUGGGAAGUUCAUUUAUGAGUUAAGGUCAAAAUAAAUUGUGACAUCUAUUUCUUCUCAAGAUUUAUUUUUCCACAUUCUGUUGCCCAAUUAUCAUAAUAGAACAAUAACACAGCAGACAGAUAACUUCUGUUGUAUGGUAAAACUCACAACUCAAACUAAUGUGGUAAUACAGUUUAUUUUUCUGACCUCACAGCGAAAUAAAUGAGAAAUUACUAUACAUGGAAAUAACUACACUGUAUGUGAAAGAAAACUAAGUAAUAAGCCCAUCAUCAAUUUACACUAACUUAUGAAAAGUAAGACACAGAUCAAUAGUUUAUGCGCCAAACGAAAGCUUUCAACUAAAAUGAUAUUAUUGUAUAGUAAUCCAAGUGUCUUAUAAUUACACAAUAAAAGCACAGACAUUAAUCCUUGAUAAAAUAAUUCCGAAAGUUGUAUUUUCACACUGUAGCAACUAUCAAGAGUGAUAUGCUUUCUGCAAGACCCUAGAAUUCAGUGUUAGGUUGCCAGAGAGGUCAUGGGUUUUUAAUUCCCGAAAAGUUUCAAAUUGGAGUGAAACAUCUUUAUGGUACACCUACUGUUUUUAAUAGUUCUUCAGGUGAUAUCAUUUCAUGACCAAGGUCAUCUUCGCGUUUAUCUUAGUGAUCUCAUUCCGUGCCGAUGUAAUGUGACAGUUUGAACCAAAACAUAUAUAUCCUAGGUUCUAUUUCGCUGAUAGCUAACUAACUGACUACUCAGAUUUCAAUUGUAAUCUCCUUAUCAAAUAGUAUAAAGAAACUUUAUCCUAAAUAGUAUGCUAUUACUGUAGAUUCUGUAUACUUAAAUGGAUUAAAUUUUUACGAAAGAAACUUAUCCAUUCUAAAUUUUGAACAUAUCAGAAUUCAUGAUUGUCACAAUAUUUGUGAACUAUGGAAUUAAGCCUACUCUUUUAUAGUUUAUAAUAUGUGUAGGAUCUAAGAAGUACAUAGUUUAAAUUUGUAG